UUAAAGAGUCACUGUUAAAUCUUGACAACGCGUAUUUUCUUCAAUAUUUAUUGCUUAAAAAUUGUUACAAACAAAGUGUCUAAUUAUUUAUUGAUGUUAAACAAGUUCUUUAGUAGUGCGUGCAGCUUAUACAAAUGAAAAAUCAAUGCGACACGUGAGCGAAAUGUGUGAAAAGCCUGGGCGAAAAAAAUGAAAUUAAAAUCUAGUCAAAAAUACGUCGCAAAUGGCAGGAGGGGGGAAACGGGAAACAAGCAGCAUCGUUGGCCAACGAAAAACGCAAACUAAGUGACGAGCAUUAAAUAAAUGCUGCAUUUAAUAUAUACAAGUGUGUGUAUAAUAUACAAAUAAUACUCGGACAAAGAGACUACGAGACAAAUAUCAAAUAAAAAUACCCAAAACGACAAGUGUGUGUGUGUGAGUGUGUGUGGUAGUGCGUUUGCAUGUGUGGGUGCAGCACACACAGUAGUUGUUAUUGUUUGGGGUUGAAAGCUGCAUAACGCGUGACGUGUGACAACCCCAACACAAGCACCCGACACCACCCACAUUUGGAGCGCCUACUAAGUGACUUUGAAGACACAUACGAGCGAAAGAGAUAGAGAGAUAAGGAUAAACAAAAUGAUGGAUAACGAUGACACCAUGCUUAAUAACCAUGGACCACAGCCCGGCGCUGAAACGGUCUACGGCACCGAGGACAACAACAUGGUCAUGUCCGAGAAGAAUGAACAGGUUGUGAGCAUCGUGCAACAAUUGGCGGGCAGUAUUUAUCAAGAAUUUGAGCGCAUGAUUAAUCGAUAUGACGAGGAUGUGGUGAAGAACCUUAUGCCGUUGCUGGUGAACGUGCUGGAGUGUCUGGAUGCGUCUUAUCGCAUCAAUCAGGAGCAGGAUGUGGAGGUGGAGCUGUUACGCGAGGACAAUGAACAGUUGGUGACACAGUAUGAGCGAGAGAAGAGCGCUCGCAAGCAGUCCGAACAGAAGCUGCUCGAGGCAGAGGAUCUUGCUGAACAGGAAAACAAGGAGCUAGCUAAUCGACUCGAAUCGUUGGAGAGCAUAGUGCGCAUGCUGGAGCUAAAGCAUAAGAAUAGCGUAGAGCACGCCAGUCGUCUGGAGGAGCGCGAGGGAGAUCUCAAAAAGGAAUAUGCGCGACUGCAUGAACGCUAUACGGAGUUGUUCAAGAACCAUGUGGACUAUAUGGAGCGCACCAAGAUGCUUAUGGGCUCCACACACUCACAAAUGAGUACUGCCUCGGAUCGCAUGGAAGUGAGUCGAGCUCGCUUGAAUCCUGUGGCUCGCAGCUCUGGUCCAGUGUCUUAUGGCUUUGCAUCACUGGAGAACUCGGUUAUGCUCGAUACGGAAACCAUUUGCAGUGUGGGCAGUCAAUCCGAUGACUCGGGACCGCCGUCGCUGCAGAAUGAGCUCGAUAGUCUGGCGGGCACAGUGGAGCGUGGCGCUGCUACAGAUCAGGCUACCUCGCCGCAAAGUCCUCCCGAACUGAGUCCGGUGGUGCCAAAUGUGCCAGCUAAUGUUGGUCGCUCAACCACUAAAAAGGAGCAGCGCUCGGAUAAUAAUCUCUACCAAGAAUUAUCCUUUCAAGAUAACGAAGAGAGCGAAGAGAACGAAAUUGUUACAGGCAGCUGGGUACAUCCCGGAGAAUACGCUUCCUCAGCUAACGACAAUUAUUUCGGCAUGGGCAAGGAGGUUGAGAAUCUUAUCAUGGAGAACAACGAGCUGCUGGCAACCAAAAAUGCGCUCAAUAUAGUGAAGGAUGAUUUGAUAGUCAAGGUGGAUGAGCUUACAGGUGAGGUGGAGAUUGUGCGCGAGGAGCUGAAUGCCAUGCAACAGUCGCGCAACAAGCUGCGCAAGCGCAUUAGUGAACUGGAAGAUGAGCUUAAGAAGGCCAAGGAGCAAGUGAAGCAGCAAAACACGGAGCAGGAGGAGAACGAUGUGCCGCUGGCGCAGCGCAAACGCUUCACGCGUGUGGAAAUGGCCAUGGUGCUAAUGGAGCGCAACCAGUACAAGGAGCGGCUUAUGGAGCUGCAGGAGGCAGUGCGCCUAACAGAGAUUCUGCGCGCCUCACGCACUGUGGAUAAUCUGGAGAAAUCGAAGCAUCCAAGCAUUUGGAAAUAUUUUAGUAGUCUUUUUACCCCCACCAACCGUCCAACGGAGCGCAUUGCCGAUGGACUGGGUGGGGGGCCGAUGUUUCGUCACACUGGCGGAGGAAGCCCUGCCCAUAGCUCACCCAGCCGUGGAGGAGGCGACAAUCGCCUUGCCCUAGCUGGCGCACAACCGCCGCCACAUCCCGCCAGCGCUGGUCUAGCCAAUGCGCUAAUCAUGGCCAAGGAUUAUGGCGAGGAGGGCAGCUCGGAGCGCAUUAGCGCACGACGACGCGAACAGUAUCGCCAGCUGCGUGCGCAUGUACAAAAGGAGGAUGGCCGACUGCAUGCCUAUGGCUGGAGCUUGCCCAUAAACAAGACCAAUCAAGAUGCUAAUCCCGGCCGGCACUCUGGCGGUGUGCCCGUGCCUGUCUAUUGCAAUCCGCUGGCGGAGGCAUCGCCGCAUAUGAAAGUCUUUUGCGCAGCGGGCGUUAAUCUGCAAGGCGGUUUUACCAAAGACGGCCAGACGCUGAUACCCGCCAGUUCGCCAUAUGCGCCACGCUCCACGCUCAAAAUUGCUGAGAUUACUAGUCCGACGGCGGAGCAAAGCGCCGAGGCGCUCGAUCGUCAAAUGGCGCGCGCCAGCCUGGAGACGCUGGAGCCGGAGACGCAGCUCAGUUCGUUUGUCUGGAUCUGCACCAGCACACAUGCGGCUAGCACGGUGAGCGUGGUGGAUGCCAAUCAAUCGGCCACGGUGCUGGAUGCGUUUCCCAUUUGUGCGUCGCAUUUGCUGUGCAUUGCCUCCGUGCCGGGCGCCAUGGAGAGCGACUAUGCGCUGCUCGAGCAGUCGGAGGUGGUCAAGGAUGGCGAGAUGCUGCAGCGUCCGGGCGAGGGUGACGAGCUGCUCGGCAAGGUGGACUUUGUGCGCGUGCGUGCCAAGAGCGAUCACAAUAGCAACAGCAAGGAGGAGGGCCAGCAAGUGGAGCAGCAAGAGGAGCAGCCACAGCUGCUGGAAACAGUUGCCGAGGCCAAGGAGGCCACCGAAAAGUCCAAUGAGGCGCUGCCCAUGGAGCCGCUGGGCAAUGUCGAGGCCAUCAAGAUACGCCAAGCGCUGCCCGGUGCGCCACAGCGUCUGUCCAGCAGCAGUUCCAACAACUCGGAGAGCACACACAAUGUGAACAACAAUGUGGCCACACACUCGCAGAAUCCCAUACUGGGCACCAAGGAACGCGACGAGCCUGUCAUCAGCUCUGUGGGCCCAACCAUGUGGCUGGGAGCCCAGGAUGGCUGGCUCUAUGUGCACAGCAGCGUGGGACGUUGGCAUGAGUGUCUGCUCAAGGUGCUGCUGCCGGAUGCCGUGCUGGCGAUUGUGCAUGUGGAGUCGCGUGUUGUUGUUGCGCUGGCCAACGCUCAGCUUGCCGUGUUCCGCCGCCAGACAGACGGCCAAUGGGAUCUGAAUAGUUAUCACCUGGUUACGCUCGGUGAUCGCAAUCAUUCGAUACGUUGCCUCUGUGUGGCCGGCGAACGUAUUUGGGCGGCGCAUCGCAACAAGAUCUUCAUUGUCGAUCCCGUAUCGCUCAACAUUGUGCACUCGCUGGACGCGCAUCCGCGCAAGGAGAGCCAAGUGCGGCAGAUGGCAGCCACAGGUGCUGGCGUUUGGGUUUCCAUACGUUUGGACUCCACAUUGCGUCUGUAUAACACGCAUAGCUUUGAGCACAUACAGGAUGUGGACAUUGAGCCCUAUGUGUCCAAGAUGCUGGGCACUGGCAAGCUCGGCUUUAGCUUUGUGCGCAUCACAGCGCUCAUGGUAUCCUGCAAUCGUCUUUGGAUCGGCACCAGCAACGGUGUCAUCAUCUCUGUGCCGCUUGCCGAAGCGCAACAAAAGCCAACUAAUCCGCAUGGCCAGAUGCCUCUGUGCUGCAUGGCAAACGCUCAAUUAUCCUUCCACGGACAUCGCGAUGCGGUCAAGUUCUUCGUGUCCGUGCCCAUGUUGCAGCAGCCGAACGGCACGCUCACCUUCACCAACAAACGCCCGGACAUGUUGGUCAUGUGUGGGGGCGAGGGCUACAUUGAUUUUCGCAUAAAUGACAACGAUAUGGAAAAUAGCAUACAACUGGAACCAAAUCAAACAAUUGAGAAUCGUGGCGAUAAAAGUUAUUUGAUUGUGUGGCAUGUUAGUCAACGUUAAUGCUUAUUUAUUAAUAUACUCGCGUAUUUAUAUAGACAGGCAUAUAUAGAGUGGACGCUUGCAGAAACGAAAUGGUUCUAAUUCUAAUUUGAGAACCUUCUCCUUUUGAGAAGAGCAUAUAUUUGUUAAAAUGCAGAAACACAACUAAAAUAUUUUGUAUUUUAAGCCCCAAUCAUUCAAAUGUUUAACCUUAACUUAUAAAUUAGCAAGCGUACACUCUAUUUCACCUUUAUUAUAUGAAAAUCCGACCUAUAACAAGUUAAAAGUUUUGCAGGCUAGACAAAAAUGAGAACCUUAAUUUAGUUAUUAACAAUUUUAUUUAUAAACAAUUAACCUAAACUAAAUUUAGUUGAAUAGUACUCUACGCUCUAAAGAAUAUAUAUUGCUUCAUAUAAAUACAAUAUAAUGUUAUCUGUUCGUGAUAGGCCCCGCUUAAUCCAAAACAGUUGCAAGAAAAGUUCUAAAUACAUAAACUAAGAUUUAUCAAAUUUGUACAUUUUCCGCGCUCUAAAAGCAGGAAAAGUUAUGUUUUAUACACCUAACAUAUAUAUAUUUAAAGAUUACCUUAAAGAGCGCCGAUUUUUUUAAAGUAAUUUGUGCGUGAUUCUUUGUCCAAAUAUUUAGUUGAAUUACGAAAUAAUGUUUAAGUUGACCCAAAAAAAAUUAAAUA